AUGGCUGAUCUCGUGGGUCGCAAGAUCUUCAAGGUCUUCAACCAGGACUUCAUUGUCGACGAGCGCUACACCGUCACCAAGGAGCUCGGUCAGGGAGCUUAUGGCAUUGUCUGGUACCCGCUUGUGCUUUGGGCCGCGGCGCAUCUACAUGUGUCAUGCCAUAUUUCCAUGAUUCAAGCUAACCUCCCUUUCCUCCUAAACAGCGCCGCCGUAAACACCCAGACGAACGAGGGAGUCGCCAUCAAAAAGGUCACCAAUGUCUUCAGCAAAAAGAUCCUGGCCAAGCGCGCCUUGCGCGAGAUCAAGCUCCUCCAACACUUCAGGGGCCACCGUAACAUUACCUGCCUCUACGAUAUGGACAUUCCCCGGCCAGAGAUGUUUAACGAGACCUAUCUCUACGAGGAGUUGAUGGAGUGCGAUCUUGCUGCUAUCAUUAGGUCCGGUCAGCCACUUACAGACGCCCACUUCCAGUCCUUCAUCUACCAAAUUCUUUGCGGUCUCAAGUACAUUCACUCGGCAAACGUUCUGCACCGUGAUCUCAAGCCCGGUAACCUGCUGGUUAAUGCCGACUGCGAGCUCAAGAUCUGCGACUUUGGUCUUGCGCGUGGUUUCUCCGUCGACCCCGAGGAGAACGCAGGUUACAUGACGGAGUACGUUGCCACGAGAUGGUAUCGUGCUCCUGAAAUUAUGUUGUCCUUCCAAAACUAUACCAAAGCCAUUGAUGUAUGGUCCGUUGGCUGUAUCCUUGCCGAGCUCCUCGGUGGCCGCCCAUUCUUCAAGGGUAGAGAUUACGUCGAUCAGCUGAACCAGAUCCUGCACAUCCUCGGCACACCGAAUGAGGAGACCCUCUCCCGUAUCGGCUCUCCCAGAGCUCAGGAAUACGUCCGCAACCUGCCUCCCAUGCCCAAGAAGUCCUUCCAGCAGCUCUUCCCCCAGGCCAACCCCGACGCCCUCGAUCUCCUCGACCGCAUGCUCGCCUUCGACCCUACCAGCCGUAUCAGCGUUGAGGAUGCUCUCAAGCACCCCUACCUCGCCAUCUGGCACGAUGCCAGCGACGAGCCCGACUGCCCUACCCCCUUCAACUUCGACUUUGAGGUUGUUGAUGAUGUCGGCGAGAUGCGCAAGAUGAUUCUCGAUGAAGUCUUCAGGUUCAGGCAGCUUGUGCGCACCGUGCCCGGUGGUCAAGGACAGGGCGGUGCUCAACCCCAGGCUCCCGCUCAGGUGCCCAUGCCUACUGAUGUGCACAGCCAACAAUGGACUGCUGAAGAUCCUAGGCCACAUGAGUAUGGCGCGUACAACGGCGGCCUGGAGGCCGAGCUUGGUGGCAUGUAA